UUAUGCCAUAGUUACACCCUCCCCGCGAUAGAUUGGGUCCUAUGCUGCUGCAGUUUACUUAGAACAGCAGUCAAGCCAGGCUGGAUGCAAUGUUAAUAGAAGGAGAAUCCCACCCCCGCUUACCUUCUGCUAGCCCAUAUGACUGGUGCAGAGAGCCAGAGGAUUUGCUGUGUGAGCUGACUGGCUUGGUGCCACAAAGGCACGUCCAAGGCCUGGCUAUUCAGAAAGGAUGCUUAGCUGUAGCAAAGCCCUUUGAGAUCUCUCUGUCUUGAAUGGAGGGAGGAACUAGCAUUGCUGAAGCAGGAGACACAGAGAGAACAUGCCCCCAAAGAAGGAUGCCCCAGUCAAACGGCCAGUACCCCCGCCUGCCAAACCAGCAGCGAAGCCAGCUCUAGCGAAGCCAGGAGCCCCGGCAGCUAAAGGCAAAGCACCAGAACCAGCGCCAGCAGCGCCAGCAGCACCAGCAAAGCCCAAGGAUCCCCCAAUUGACCUCUCCAAAGUUGUGAUUGAAUUCACUAAGGAGCAGUUGGAAGAUUACAAAGAGGCCUUUGGGCUCUUUGAUCGGGUUGGUGAUGGCAAAAUCCAGUUGGGCCAGUGCGGAGAUGUGAUGAGGGCCGUGGGACAGAAUCCCACAAAUGCCGAGAUCAUGAAAGUCCUGGGACACCCCAAGCCGGACGAGCUGAAUUCUAAGCGGGUGGAGUUUGAAGAGUUCCUGCCCAUGUUACAGACUAUUGCCAAGAACAAAGAUCAGGGAACCUACGAAGACUACGUGGAGGGGCUCAGGGUCUUUGACAAAGAGGGAAACGGCACCGUCAUGGGCGCAGAACUGCGCCACGUCCUCGCCACGCUUGGUGAGAAAAUGACUGAAGAGGAAGUAGACACUCUAUUAGCUGGGCACGAAGAUGCUAAUGGCUGCAUCAAUUAUGAAGCCUUUGUCAAACACAUCAUGGCAGUCUGAGCGGAAGAGAACCUGCUGACGGUGGGGUUGAAUAGCUGCACCCUUCAGGCAGGACUGCUAAACCGAUCACUCCCCGGUGGAAUCAACUCCCCCAUUUUUCUACCUUUGUAUAAACACGAUCGGCCACCCAACCCUUGCUCAGAGUGCUGGCUGCAAAUGAUGCUUCCUUUAUACUGCAAUGUGGGAACAUCACUGAGUGUUCCUCUGUGGAACCAGAAGGGGGCACCAUUGAAUGCUACAGCCUCUAUGAGAAAAACAAAUUUUUAAAUCAUUUUGACUCUCCCAAAACAAUACAUUUACUCCACUGGACAAUAAAGUCGUUGGUUUUCA